ACUAGCAAUCACUGAAUUACUAAACUACGUUUUGCUGAAAAGAUAUAUUGAAGCUUCCAAUAUUCUAGAGCUUGAAGAACAGUCUAAAUAUGAGACAAUCUGAAAAUCCAAUCCAUCUCUUAACUUUGAACCAGCUGCAAAAUGACUAGAGUUGUUUUGAGUGCCACAAUGAUUAUUCUUCUGGCGACAAGGCAUUGGAUGACAACAUUGAUUGGCUGAUCCGCUGUCACUCUGGCAUUUCCUGUUAGUCGGUGUCCCUGCUCUCAUGUUCUGCCCUGUCUGAUGUGUUACAGCAACGACCUUAUUAGGCCAUCGCACAUUGAUUGGCUUGAACCCACACAGAUAUUCAAAAGAGAAAGCUAUAGGAUUGAGCACACUCAUCAGUGCCUUCUCAGACCAGCUGGUUAAACGUGGCUCUGAUGAACACAGAUUGAAUCAUUUGAAAGGGAAUUCACAUAAUUUAUACUUUUCAUUAGUUUUUAUCUUUGAUGAAGUAAUCGAUUCAACUGCGAUCAAUACUCUCCUUCGAGCAAAUCCAAACCGACAGCUCAUGGAUUCCCAACCUUGUCCUUCACUCCACUACUACAAAUUAGCUCACCAUUGACGCACCUUUCACAGGGACAACACUAGCUUCCAAGCUCCAACUCCGGCCGCAUCACAAUGAUCUCCUCAAUUCUCCUCCCCGCAUUUGUUAUCCUUUCCAUCUCCACCCUCCUAGGCCGAGCAACCUCCGCCAUUGCCGCCUCCGCCGCAGCACCGGCUCCCAGUACUACUGUCGCCACCACCCCGUCCUCGUCGGGCGGCGGUGGCCUCAACCUCACCUCCAUUCUCGAGAAGGGAGAUCACUACACGACCUUCCUCCGCCUCCUCCGAGAUACUCGCGUAGGUGAGCAGAUCGAGAGCCAGCUCAACAACUCCUACAACGGCCUUACCGUCUUCGCCCCCACCGACGCUGCCUUCGCCGGGCUGAAGCAGGGCACCCUCAACAGGCUCGCUACGCAGGAGCAGGUUGCCCUCGUGCUCUACCACGUCCUCCCCCGCUUCUACACCCUCUCCUCCUUCGAGACCACCAGCAACCCCGUCAACACGCAGGCCUCCGGCCACGGCGGCGUUUAUACCAUCAACGUCACCAGCACCGACAGCGGAGAUAGAGUCAACAUCUCGACCGGGGUCAAUAAGACGCCGGUCAGGGACCACCUCUACUUGACGUUUCCGUUGGCAUUGUACUCGGUGGACGAGGUGCUGCUGCCGUACCAGCUCUUCGGGCCGAAAGCGCCUGCGCCGACGCCGGGGAAGAGGCCAGGAAAGAGUUCUCCGUUGGAGGCCAAAGGACCGGCGGCGGAAGCCGAUUCCGCUCCUGAUUCUGCAGGUAGUUCGACGGUGGUGAGAUUGGAAUGGGUUUUGGCUGCGGCGGUGCUAGUAAUUGGGAAUUUGAUUCUCUGGUGAUAAUUGCAUGAUCAUUGGCUUAUCGGGGUUGUGCUUUUGGCUGUUUAAUAAGUAGUUUAUUUUCCAAUAUUGGUUUCGCUCUCAUCUUGUGAAAUUCUGUCAAUGAUCAAUUGAUUGAACUCGUUCCUUUUUUCAUUAAAAAAAUGUAUUAGUUCAUGUGCAUCAAUGUAAUUACUCAUAUGAUAUGUACCAUAAUAAA